UUUCAAGCUCCAACUGACGCUGCAUGCCAGGAUUCUUCCUAGAGUCCCGAGCUCCUCUGCCGACAAGUCAUUAAUUAUCCGUCUUGUGGCCCCGGCUAAAGCCAUCUCAGGGUGUGCCCAGACUCGAAAACCUUUUGUUUUCAAACAGCUGAGGACAGAUGCCUUCAAAUAGGUAACCGAGUAGGGCUAAAGGUUGUAUGUCUCCGUUCUUAGUCUUUCUCUGCUUUUAAACUAGUCGAGCCUAUUUGCUAAAGUUUCUUUUACCACGUACAUUAUCUUAUAUAGUUUCCAGAUUAUGAAAGUCAGGAAGUCUUCAGCAUGGAGAAGUUGUUUAGACUGGCCCAGGGAGUCGAUAUAUGAAAGUUGCUUGUUAGGUGCAAAAAGAAUAUGUGUUGGUGAUUUAUGACCGAGGAUUGCGUACUAAGGCAGUUUUCAGUUUCUUCCUUUCCCAGUUUACUCCACGGAAAUCCCAAAAUCGCACCAUGUGAUUACUAUGGGAUCUUUUUUGAUAUUAGGUUUGAGGUUGCUAAGUGUGAAACAACUAGCUUUUCGAAAACGUAUGAUACAGCAGAUGCGAGCUGCUUUGGUGAUCAGGAGGACGGCUAAUCAUUCAAAUAUGGCCUGAAGGUGGAUGGUUAUAUUGAAACCUAAUGUCUCCUGUGUGUAAACAAGAGCACUUUAGAGAAAUAAAACAAUAUGACUUUUGCGUUGCAUUUGAGCACACCACACAUCAUUAAUUGGCGUUUUAAUGGUGUACAUAUUUCAUGAAUUCACAGGUUGUGCAUGUAAUGAAUCUCUCAUUCCGUUAUUUCUAGGAAUAUAAAGCGAUCAAUCUCGUAUUUCUAGGCCUAUGACAUUCCUGUUCAAAUCUACAUGUCAUAAAUCCAAAUGUAAUUUGCCAAUCUAUAUUUAGACUUCCCAAUCGUUUGAACCUGGUCACUGCAAGCCAGUACACAACAGGGCUUGAAUUAAGAAUGUUUUCGCAUUUUCAUGGAAGGAGAAGGUUAUGCUAAACUACUGUCAUACUCCAAUCAUGUUUAGACCAAUACCCUGUAUGAGAACCUGAUCUAUAUUUACUACUUAUAAAAUGCAGGCAUUCAGAGAUCGCCAUUGUACUUUGGUAUUCCGCCUCUUAAGACCAACAAAAAACGUGUUUCAACGCUUUAUAAAAAAUAAAAAAUAACCCACAAAAACAAAAAUGACUAUGACUUAAUUGAUUUUAAAUGAACAACCAAUAGUUGAUAGAGCACCAGAUGCAGGGAGAAAAUUAGAGUAGCCAUGCUGUUAAUGACCUGCAAGAUUGUAUAUAUUCUCCAUUCUAUACACGAUCUUUUAAAGAGUACAUAUAGCCUUCGGUACACAGUUCAGAUUCCUAUCUUAUUAUAGAUUAUCACAAGAAUUGUUACCUCACUGUGGCACAUGACGUGCUAGUUUUGGGGUUCAGAUAAGUGUAUUUAAAUAUACGGGAUACAACUCCAUACACAAAAGCGUUGCAUUAUAAUACUAUCUUUAAAUGUUUAAUUAAAUAAUUCCAUGUAUUGUUAAGUCAACUAACACACUGGAGUUAUUUUCUUGUGAGACCUUUGGCAUAUUUGGUGAGGUUGGCACUUUUUACAGCCAGAGGGCAUAGGGCUAAGUUGACCCAGAUCCCCCCACUUGUCCUCAAUGUGGGUCUGCAUUCAGGCCAGGUUAAAAAUUACCCACUGCUCGCCUAGUUCCUAUUUAAAAAUUAACUUUUUUUACAAAACAGUUAAUGGCGUGAAUUCUGAGGUUGGUGUAGACGAAGAAAGAUCUCUCUCCAUCUUUAUUUACACCACACACAAACAAACAGUAUAUCAAUAAAUAAAUAAUACACACAUAAAUAUAAGAAAACUCCAGAAUCGUAAAGUAGUUCCAGGUUAUAAGAAAACGCAUUUUAAUAGAAAAUUAUUAAAAAAAAAGCUAAAUGUUCCUCUAAACAUACUCUUACCAUUUCCUGACAGGCAGUUUAAUAGGGAUCGAUAAGGACAUCUUCAGAAGGUCAUUGAGGCUCCUAUGAAAGUUAAUUGUAAUCCCGGCAUGUUUACUAUGGCGAUAUAAGCGUGGGUGUCAAAAACCAAGCCCACUGCUCUCCCACUCUCUCAGUAAUGGCAGAAAGCCAUUUAACGAUCAAAAAGGGUGCUUACAAGUGGGAAGUGUUGAAAGUUCCAUGUCAUUCGCCAGCAUGCAAACGAAAAGAAGACAUAUCGAGGCUUUCUCAGCUUAAAGCAAUCUUGUGGCUAGCGUUUUGGUUGAUAAAUUCCACUAGCUGAUUUGAUGAAAGCACACCAACGCCUGGUUUUGGAACCAAAAUUAUUUAUUUGAAGAAAAAAAAACUUCGUGGGUUCCAACAGCUGUGGAUAAUGGAUUAAAUAUCUGGCAUUUUUGGAUGCAAUGGAGUACCAUCGUGAUUAAGUUUUUACAGAGCGUGCAUCUGGCGCAUGCGUGUCACGUGAGCGCAAGAGUUGGGAAAUUAUUUUGGAUUUGCGGACAGGGCCUUUCUGGUUUCUUUUUCUCUGUAACUCUGCUGUUCACAACUGUCUGAUAAGAAUACGGAAAAUAUGAGAUCGGCAAUGCUCUGAAUUCUACAAAAUGCCUUACGAGCCCCACGCAGCCCGUGGACGUACACAUCGAGGAUUGAUACAGAUAUGUAAGACAUUACAAGGGGAUUCCAAAGUACUCGAUUGAUCAUUAAUCUGUUCCUUUGGGUUAUCAGGAAGCUGUAUCCCUGUAUAAAAUCUAGACGUGAAAGACGUUAUCUCGGUCAGCUUCCAAGAGGCCGUUGGAAAAAGAUCGUCACGUGACAUCUGGUGCCAAUGUUCUUCCAGAAGGUCGUCAGGACCCUGGUAGCCGGUAACGCGACUUUUGGAAAUGCAGAAAACGACCUACUACGACAACUCGACACUAUUCGGAGGUUACUCGUACCAGGGGGCCAAUGGUUUCGGCUAUGAGUCCCAGCCAGCCGCCUUCCAGAGCUCGGCGCACCUCGAGGGUGAUUACCAGAGGUCUGCCUGCUCUCUGCAGUCCCUCGGCACCAGCGCACCCACACAGUCGCAGCAUGCCAAGACGAAAGAGCUCAACGGCAGCUGUAUGCGGCCUAGUCUGCCACCUGAGCACCACCCACCGCCCCAAGUCUCCCCUCCUCAAAACCCUGUGAAUCCAACUGGAUCUAGCGCCCCCCAGCAGCAAGGUGGCAGCAGCAGUGGUGGGGCUGGCAGUGGAAACACGACCAAAUCCUCAUCAAAGUCAUCUACGCUUGCCCCGAAUCCGACCAUCAGCAAGCAGAUCUUCCCCUGGAUGAAAGAGUCGCGUCAGAACACCAAGCAAAAAAACAGCUCCCCCAGCGCAAGCUCAGCUAACGCGGAGAGCAGUGGUGGUGAGAAAAGCCCUCCGGGUUCUGCGGCUUCCAAGAGAGCACGCACAGCCUACACGAGUGCUCAGCUUGUGGAGCUUGAGAAGGAGUUCCAUUUCAAUCGGUACUUGUGCAGGCCUCGACGUGUGGAGAUGGCCAAUCUUCUCAACCUUAGUGAAAGGCAGAUCAAGAUCUGGUUCCAGAAUCGACGCAUGAAGUACAAGAAGGAUCAGAAAUCGAAAGGUAUGGGUUCCUCCUCAGGAGGGCCAUCUCCCACUGGAAGCCCUCCCCUCUCAAUGCAGUCCUCUGCUGGUUUUAUGAACUCCAUGCACUCUAUGGGCAGCUAUGAUGCACCGUCACCACCAUCUUUUAACAAGCCUCAUCAAAAUGCUUAUGCCAUGUCAACAGCUUAUCAAAAUCCCAUGAAAGGAUGCCCAUCACAACAGAAGUACGGUAGCACAGCAUCGGAAUAUGACCCACACGUUCUACAGGGUAACAGUGGCAAUUACGGGACGCCUAACAUGCAGGGUAGUCCUGUUUAUGUGGGAGGUAAUUAUGUGGAUGCCAUGCCUGCCACUGGGCCAUCCAUGUAUGGUCUCAAUCACUUACCACACCACCAGUCUGCCAGCAUGGACUACAAUGGUGCCACACAGAUGUCAGCCAACCAACAUCAUGGACCGUGCGAUACACACCCGACAUACACGGAUCUGUCAGCGCACCAUUCUUCUCAGGGUAGAAUUCAAGAAGCACCCAAGUUGACUCAUCUGUAGCAGGUUUGGACAAAACAAAAAGGAAAAAUAGAAACAAAAACCCAUGGGAUGAUGCAAUGGGGUUGAAAAACAUGAUCCAGUGGUUUCUUGCCAUCUCUAGAACUGCAGUUGGUGUCAGUAUUGUCCUUUAUUCACCUGUGAGCACAAUUGUUAAUUCAGAGGAAUCCACUACAUAGAACCCGUAAAGGCCCUUUUAAAGAAAAAGGUUGGUUAAAUAUGGCUAGUUUAUGCCAAGAAAUAGAUUAUUUUACUGUAUGAACCAGUGAGGCCCUUGUUUAGGUCAUCAUGAGCAUUUGUGCCAUACAUCACAGAGUUCUCCAAACUUAGGACUGCUUAAGUGUGGAAUGUUAUUGUAUUUCUGAAACUGGCAUUAGGAAACCACUGGACUGUUUUUCAUUCAGUUCCCUUCUUUUACAUACCUCUUUUUUAAACAGCUCAUUAAACAUUUGCUUUUUUUCUGUCUUAUUUAAACUUGUCAGCCUGAAAAAAACAAAAACAAAAUGUGUGCAGUGUCUUUGGCAAGACAUGGUAGAAGUCCAUACUUGUUUUUUCACUUUGAUAAGUUGAGGAACGUUUUCAAUCUAUGCUACCUGGGCAUUCUCUCGUAAACUGGCUAGAAUUAAAUAAUUGCUUUGACGUUGGUACAGGGUAUAACAAAAAAAAAGAGUAAAAAAAAAAAAGAUCAGUGGGCGUUCAUGGCCAUCCCUACAUUUUUUAACUGAUUAAGCCCCUCCUUCGCCCUCCUACUCUUGCUCUCCUGCGCCCCCUCCCCCCUCUCUCUCUCUGGGUUUGCUUACAUUAGCCCACACUAAUGCGGAAGGCCCACACUUUCUCAUGUCUUGACUUAACGUGGAAACAGGGUAUAAUUGAACAAAAUGCAUGUCCGAGAAACCAGGCAGUGGUGUAGACGUUUCGGUUUACGCCGAUUGCUUUCUUCUCUGGGCAUCGUUGUUGCACUUAGAGUUUACAUUUUGAUGGGUAUGGGAAAAAGUAAAUCUUAUUUUGAAGCGAAAGACCUUCAAUCAGCGUCUUUCAGUAUGUGUGUUCAAAUGAACAUUCAUAAAUAUAUAUUUAUUUGUUAUAGCCAGUUUAAAUACUUUCUUUUUUGUAUUAUUUAUCCCCCAUGUAUUUAUAUCGAGAAAGUGUACUUUUUUAGUAUUUACCUGUUAUAAAAAGCAGACAUUGUGUUCUUGUCAUUGUAACUAAUUUUAGUUUCUGUAUUUUAGAGAAACGUAGGUUUUUGUUACCUUUGUACAUAAGCAAUGAUUUGACUUGUACAGGGUACGUGAGAGCGGACUCGAACCGUUCCUGCUUAGUCGGAAAAUAGACAUUAUAGCGAACAUUUCUUUUGGAAUCUUUAUUUGUUCUUUGUAGCUACUUUGAUUUUCUUGUUAACAGUUGGCUGUUGAACAAUUCUUUAAUAAAUGUUAUGUUAUUCAUUUCCA